CUGCUAAGUGGGGGUGUAUGUUUAAAACCGGGUAUGAAUGUACUUUGUUUGGUCAUGGGAUCGAGCCAUCUAAAACCGUACUUAAUGCCGUCGACAUUAGAUGACACCAUCAAAGCCGGUUCAUCUAUAACAUAUGAUUGAAUUGACUUAAGUAACAAUUCAACAUUCUUCCUUUAAAUCUACUAUGGACGUUAACUAUUUAUGAUAUUAACGCUUACCCAAACUAAAGCAAGUAUGCUCCGUUUGUGGAUACGGAACUGGUCUAUUCAUCGAGGUCUUACUAAGAAUCGAUCUAUAAGCUCAACGGUAAACGAUGGCACAGGACCAUUUCAAAACAGAGACCACGCUAAACAGAUCAAAAGGCAACAAAUGUUGAAGCGAAUCGAAGGUGCUCAAAGACAGUCUUCAAAUGUGAUCACCCUUCGGGUUUUCGGCAAUGGAUGUGUAGGGGGGCCAAGAUCAGUGUCUGUCGUUGUAGGAAACUCCCGCUACUUGUUCAAUUGCGGUGAAGGAACACAAAAGUUGUGUCAAGAGUACGGCGUUAAGAUGUCCGACGUGAGAACUCUGUUUUUUACCUCGCCAACAUGGGAAAAUAUAGGCGGUAUAUUAGGUUAUAUGCUGACAGUUCAGUCAUGUGGAAUGCAUGAGUUUGAAAUCUGCGGACACUCAGAUAUAAUGAAGAUAUUCGAAAUUACAGAGCCAUUUGCUAAUUUCAACGGGAUCAAACUGACACGACAUAACAAAUUAGAUUUCUCCGACAGUCUCAUCAGUAUUCAAUCUGUCAUCUUCAACAAAAGCAAUAGCUGUGACACGAGUGAUAGUAUAAUUAAUGAAAAUGAAGUUAGUGAAGAUAUAAUUCCGAAUGAUGCUGUCAUUGGCUACAUUUGUAAGCCGUAUAAACAACCGAAGAAACUUAAUCUAUAUCGUUGUGUUGAACUGAGAGUACCCCCAGGACCGCCUUUCAUGAAGAUAAAAGCAGGUGAAGAGGUUGUACUCGACGAUGGCCGUGUUAUAAAACCUGAUGAUGUUUUUUGUCUGGACUCAUGCGCAGCUGUAUUUAUCAUAUUGGAGUGUCCUGCAGAAGAAUACAUUGACUCGUUUCUCAAGGCCAAGGAGUUUUCACCGUAUCAACUUGGGGAAAAUGCUGCACAGUAUGAUGACACAGGUGUAAUUGUACAUAUGACUCCCAAAAAAAUUUUCGACUCGCCUAAAUAUCAAAUGUUCUGUAAAAAGUUUCGUUCAAACAUAGUUCAUCUGCCCCUUUGCGAAGAGAAUACCUAUGAGUUAAGCGCCAAAUCAUGCAGCGCACAGUAUAAACUGAGUUUGAUCCAUGAUGAGAUAUUCCCGCCACCUUCAAGGUCUUCAAAUGUUGGUGUAGCCGCUUUUACCAAAUAUCACAUUAGACCUCAUUUGGGAUUAGAUGAUAAGGCCGCAGUAAAAAUUAAGCCUGAACAAUAUAUCAGUGAGGCAAGGUCGGUACCGAAUUUUGAGCUUGCUUUAAAGCAGGUGAACGAUCAACUAUCGAAAUUGAAAAUCGUUGACAAAAGAGAAUAUCCGCUAGUGGUGUUCCUUGGCACUGGGAGCGCUGUUCCGAACAACGAUCGUAACGUGUCCGGUAUUUUAGUGGUGACAGGACCAGAAACAUACUUACUUCUCGACUGUGGCGAAAGCACGUACAGCCAGUUGAUUCGGCAUUACGGUAUUAACCGUUCCAAGGAAAUCCUCCGCAAUCUUCAAUGUGUUUAUGUAUCGCAUAUGCACGCCGACCAUCACCUUGGCCUAAUUACGAUGAUAAAUGAACGUACCAAACUGGGCGUUGAAACAACUUUGCGCGUUAUAGGACCAAUCAGUCUACUUCAGUGGCUGCAGAAAUACGGUGAGCUCUUCGGCCAGCUUAAAUUUGACUUUGUGAACAGCGCCACUUUUCAAGGUAAGGCCACAGAGGGUUUCCCGCCGGCUAACAUACCCAGUCAUCAGGACCUGCUUGCAAACCUAGGAAUCAAACGUAUUGCGACCUGUGAGGUUGAUCAUUGCCCGGAUGCUUACGGGGUUCGUAUAGACAUUGGCAGCGGUUACAGCCUCGUUUACUCAGGCGAUACGAGACGCUGCCCCAGUCUCAUCGAGCUGGGGCAAGGAUGCGACUUGCUCAUACAUGAGGCUACGCUUGAAACCGGAUUCGAAGACGAGGCAUUAGUUAAGGGGCACUGCACGACAGCACAAGCUGUUGAGGUGGGGCGUCAAAUGAAUGCAAAGUUUACGCUGCUAACACAUUUUUCACAACGUUAUGUCAAGAUACCUAAUGAAGAUGAAAGCAUCUUUGCAGAAGAGGGAGUAGGUUUUGCAUUCGACCAUAUGCAAAUAUCACCCAAAUUACUCCAGAUUUUGCCUCAUCUCUACCCGGCAAUAAGAUGCCUGUUUUCCCAAUACGUUGAAAAGAUGAAACAGAGAACUAUCAGCGCAAGCAAGAUGGAUUGGGUGCGGACAGAACUGAAAGAGUUUAACAAAAAUGGGAAUAAGGUCCGAGCCCCUGAAGACUGUUUGAAAAAUCAUUCGAAGGCGAUUGAAGUGUCUUAGCUUGGCAGUGCUGUCUACAUAUAUAUAACUGUCGUUAAAAAUAAAUUAUUUUGUACAUAUAUUCGUUAUUAUAUCGUGAUUGGUCUUCCUGUAUUUCUAUACGAGAAAGGCUAUACCUGUAUUCCUGUGUGUUGGACAUAGCAUAAUAGUAAACAAUUCGUACAGCUAUACCUAGCUAUAAUCGUGCGUACUUAUCGCUCUAUACGGGUGUGUUUAAGUUAUAAAAAAAUUGCAAAUAAAUU